AUGAUUGAGAUGGUUUGUACCAACCGACCGGAAGGCUUUGGCCCACUCUCCCACCUCUACAGCCACAUGCUCACCUCCUGCUUCCUCGACACCAUCCUCGUACCUCUCUGCACUUGGGUAUACCUCUUAGCACUUGUCAUUCUCGCAGUGACAGGCACGAGGCUCUCGACUCGGGCCUCCCACCAAUCCUCAAGACCCUCCGACGUCAGUCACUAUCCCAUCCACAAAACCACCGAAGAUGUCGAGAUCGUCCGGCUCGAGACCGGAGGUCGGACUCGUCGGCACGCAAAAACCCGCAAAGCAUUUUCCAUACUCUACUACCUCUUCGUCUUCGCGCAAAUCUGCAUGUGCAUCCUCGAGAUCGUACGCUUGUCCUACGCAGACCGGGGUAUCGGCCUUCUACCCUUCACAUUCGUCACCCUAAUAGGGGCUGCAAUGGUCCACUAUACACAAGGGCUGGAAGGCAUGAUAUUCGGCUGGAAAUAUUUGAACUUGGCGGUAUGGAUUGCGCUCGCAGUGACGAACGGAGUGAAGGUGGCGGAGGAAAUAAAAGAGGGAACCGGUGCGACAAAAGGCAGCAAAUACCCAGUGUCGGACGAGAUGACGGAUGUUUCCGUGAUGAUUGGGGUCUAUGGUAUGUUAGCCAUCUUGGAGGGAUUUUUGGGAGUAUGGAGAAAAUGA